AUGUCGGGCACGCUCGGCGACACGCAGGUGGUGAAGCGCACCUACAUGGACGCGGUGCCGCUCAUCCUCGACAGGAUCGUCAAAGGCGUCAACAAUAUCUUCAGCACAGCGCUGGAGAUCAAGAAGAAACAAAAUGCGUCAGCGUUCGUGAACAAGACUCUUGACUUUGUGGUGUUUAACAAGGUCAAGAAGCAGCUGGGAGGCGAGCUGCGCUUGAUUUUGGUGGGCGAGGCUCCUCUGUCGGCCGACACACACACCAACAUCCGCGCCCUGUUCGGCUGCGACGUUCCAGGACGGCGGGACCUUACUGUAGGCCUUUGCUUGAACACCAGUCCGUGGACCCCGGAGUCAGGCCUCGUGACAGCAGCAUUCAAGAUCCGGAGUCAGGCGCUUGUGGCAUACUUCUAG